AUGGCCCUCGGCUUUUCCUCUUUCAGUCUUGGUCCUUAUAAUGCACAUCAGUGUUUUGAGGUGAAACAACCCAACAUAUCAUCUGUAGCUCAGCCUCAUUAUUUAUUUCUUCUUGGCACAUGUUGUGGCAAUCUCUUUAGUACUGAAUUGAAGAAUGAAGGGUUUUGGUGCCAUAACAAAUGCCUUCAGAUUGAAGUGGCACUUUUAGCUGUAUUUUUCAAGUUUGGGGGAAACAGUGUUAUCAGGGUUCUUUGUACUGUGGUUACAAUUCCAAUGCUCAAACUCUUGCGCUGGGGAACAUACAGAUACAUUGAUGCUUUGAUUUGGCAAAUGCUUAUUCGAAAAAAAUUGAGAAGUAUACAGUCACAGUUACGCAUCCAUCUUUUCCUUCUUGUCAUUAAGAGUCUAAGAAACAGCGGACAUGAUCAGAAAAAUGCUGGAACUUUGAGUACUGUUGCCUCAGUAUCAUUAAUGGAACAUUUCAGCAGAAUGGGUGGCGUGUCGUAUUUAAGGUUCACUUGUCACGUGGGUUGUUCUUUAAAUAUAUUAUUCAUUCUUGUUUUGUUUUAUGUUCGGUCUGUGGUUGAUGUGUCUGCUUCAUGA